AUGCGGGUGCUGGCCCAGUCGUCCCUUUACAUCGACCGUAAAGGGAAGCGUAGAGCUUUUGAAAAAAAAACAAAAAAACAAAACAAAACACAUCAGCCAAAGUCCUUGGCUUUGUUGAGUGUGUUGUAUCUCUCUCUUUUUUCUUCUUCUUCUUUCUUUCUUUUUUUUUCUUUCUUUCUUCUAAAUAUCUUUGGGUCCAACUUUUUAGCUGGAAAUUCGAAAACGACGUCGAAUCGUCCAGCCACGUCAAUGACCGGUGAUUUGGGCGAACGGGCGGAAGCGUUAGAAGGAAGUCUUUUAAAUAUGUUUGGAUUGAAGCGGAGGCCGAGGCCGGGCGUCGAGACGCGACAGCGGAUCGUCGUGCCCGAAUUCUUGGCCGAAUUGUACCGACAACAGACCGGCCUCGAGGUGGACACCACCAAUUUAAACCUGGCCGGCAAACUGACCCAGACGGCCAACACAGUGCGCACUUUUCCCAUCAAGGAAUUCCGUCCUUUUGCGAUUCGACUUGACCAGCUUACCGGCCGAAGAGGACAUCAAAGCCGGCGAACUGAGGCUGUACCGUUCGGCGGACGGUUUGAUGGCGUGGAGGCGGAGCAGAGCCGUCGGAUGCGAUCGGACAACCCAUUGGCCAAUAACGGGACGUCUUCGUCUGCGCCAGGGAGCGACCUCGUGCAGAUUGCGCCGCAAGAGAAGCGCAAGGAGAACAGGUGGCGGCGGAAGCAGCAGGUGCUGAUCCACGAGAUCGUGCGGCCGGCGCGCAACGGCGGCGAGCCCAUCCAUCGGCUGCUCGACAGCCGCAUGGUGGACGUGCGCGACGAAGGCUGGAUCACAUUCGACGUGCUGCCGGCUUUGCUGCGCUGGCGGCAGCCCAAACGCAACUACGGCCUCUGGCUGGAGACGAAGCGGGUGAACGAAGAGGCGCUGUCCGACAUCGAGCACUUGCACCUGCGCAAGCGGCGCAGGAGGAGGCGAUCGGCCGUGGCACCGCAAGAGCAAGAGCAAGAGCAACAGCAAGAGCAAGAGCAAGAGGACGAUCAGCUGGAUCUCCGGUGGGCUAGUCAGCGGCCGCUUUUAGUGACGUACUCUGACGACGGAAGGUCGCGCGCGCGCAGCAAACGCGCCGCCGAGAAGAAGCACAAGCGGAAGGGCCGGCGCGACAAUUGCCGCAGGCAGUCGCUCUACGUCGACUUCAACGACGUCGGCUGGAACGACUGGAUCGUGGCGCCGCCCGGCUACCACGCCUACUACUGCCACGGCGACUGCCCGUUCCCGUUGCCCGACCACCUGAACACGACCAACCACGCCAUCGUGCAGACGCUGGUGCACUCGGUCAAUCCAGGCGCCGUGCCGCGCGCCUGCUGCGUCCCCACCGAGCUCUCCUCCAUCUCGAUGCUCUACAUCGACGAGUACGACAAGGUCGUGCUCAAAAACUACCACGACAUGGUCGUCGAGGCUUGCGGAUGCCGUUGAACUCGCGUCCGGCCCGCCCGCAAUCAAGGCAACAACGGCGCCACCUGCGGGUGCUCCAUUUACUUUCGCCAGUGCCCGGCGGGCUAAAUUGUUGUUUGUCCUCGCCUGGGCUCAAAACAAGCCCAAACAUAUAAGAGGAACAUCAAUUGAAAAAAAAACACCACGGAAAAGAACGAACACAACAAUUUUUUUAGCAAAACGAAAAAAAAAAACAAAAACAAAAAAACA